AUGCCGGACAUGGAGGAGUCCACGCAGCCGAAGCCCGCCGACCCGGAGCUCCCCAACGGCGCCGGGGCCCCGGACCACCCGGAACCGGAGCCGCCGUCGCCCGCUGCCGCCGCGCCGGCGGCAGAGGAGGAGGUGGCGGCGAGAUCGGAGCCGUCCAAGGGCGCGGGGACGAACGCGGACGGCUGGCGCCCCUACACCAUGGGGGAGCUGCUCGGGGAGGCCGCCGAGGCCGCCGCCGCCGGGAGAUCCGACUUCGCCGCCGACGGGAAUGGGCCCGGAUCCGCCACCCCCGAGCGCUCCAGCCAGGACAGCCUGCAGCUCUCAACCCAUCAUGAUGUUGCCAUGGACUUGAUAAAUAGUGUCACUGGAGUUGAUGAGGAAGGUCGCUCUCGCCAACGUAUUCUUACCUUUGCAGCGAAAAGAUAUAUUAGCGCCAUUGAAAGAAAUCCAGAAGACCCUGAUGCAUAUUAUAACUGGGCCCUAGUUCUCCAGGAAAGUGCAGACAACGUGGAUCCUAAUUCUGAUUCUUCGAAAGAUUCAUUACUUGAGGAGGCUUGCAAGAAGUAUGCUGAAGCUACACGACUUUGCCCAACACUGUAUGAUGCAUAUUAUAACUGGGCUAUUGCUAUAGCUGAUCGGGCCAAAAUGCGUGGGCGUACCAAAGAGGCUGAAGAACUCUGGCAGCAGGCUAUAAGGAACUACGACAAGGCAGUCCAGUUAAGUUGGAACAGCCCCCAGGCUCUCAACAACUGGGGCCUUGGACUACAGGAAUUGAGCGCGAUUGUUCCUGCUAAAGACAAGCAAACAAUCAUAAAAACAGCUAUAAGUAAGUUUCGUUCUGCCAUCCAGUUGCAGUUUGACUUCCACCGGGCUAUUUACAACCUUGGAACUGUCCUGUAUGGCUUGGCCGAGGAUACCUCAAGGUCUGGGGGUCCUGAUACCUCUCCAAAUGAUCUGUAUAGUCAGUCUGCUAUUUACGUUGCAGCUGCUCAUGCAUUGAAGCCAAAUUAUUCGGUUUACCGCAGUGCUCUACGGUUAGUCCGGUCAAUGCUACCGUUGCCAUAUUUGAAAGUGGGAUAUUUGACUGCUCCUCCGGCAGACGACCCCGUUGCACCACACAAACAUUGGGAGAGGUCACAGUUCAUCUUAAACCAUACGGAACUCCAGCAGGUCAAUGAUUCCGAAAGCGCACCUGUCAAAGCAAACGCGCUCGUGGAGAAAGCCAAAAGGUUUAUCAAGGUAGACGUCGCGGACAUAGUUUCAGUGUCCACGUGCUCCGAUCUGACGCUGCCGCCUGGCGCUGGCCUCUGUAUAAACACAACGCAUGGGCCCGUGUUCUUGGUUGCUGAUACCUGGGAGUCUCUCGACGGCUGGCUAGACGCGAUACGCCUGGUGUACACCAUAUUCGCAAGAGGGAAGACCGAUGUCCUGGCGGGCAUCAUCACCGGCUGA